UUUCUCUCCUGUAAGAAAAAAACACUCACAGUGUAGGGUUUCACAGUUUUCUUUCUCUCUCUCUAGAAAUCCAAGUGAGAACGUGAAGGAUUUAACCAAACCCUAGCUAAUUUCAUGCUAGUUUCUGUACAAACUCACUAAUUUGAGCUCGAUUUCACUCAAUUUCAUCUUCAUUUCACCAAUGUCGUCUCUCAUUCUCAUCUUAAAACCCUUAUUUGCUUAAAUAAAAUCCAUGGAGGAAUCACUCUUUUCAGCUUACCCCGUGAGAAUACGUACUUGAAAAAAGAAAAAGGGUUUUGUUGUUUGUGGCAAAGUUUCGAGAUUUUUUUUUUUUUUGUUGAAGUUAAAAUCUUCUGCGGGUUUCUUGGGUCUUUGUGUCUCUGUCUAUUUUAUAUGGUUAUGAGUUGAAACAUAAAGGGGAAGGAGCCAUGGAAGGAGAUGAGCGUCAUGUCAUGAUAGCUUGCGUUGUAUUGGGAACGCUUUUCUCCGUUCUGAGUUCGCUCUCCUUCGCUAUACUCUGGGCAGUGAACUGGCGUCCAUGGCGGAUUUACAGUUGGAUAUUUGCCAGAAAGUGGCCAGAAGUUAUACAAGGUCUUCCUUUGGGUGUAAUCUGCGGUUUUCUGUCCUUAUCUGCAUGGGUUGUUGUCCUAUCACCCGUGGUGGUGCUUAUUAUCUGGGGGAGUUGGUUGAUUGCGAAUCUUGGACGUGAUAUAAUUGGCUUGGCCGUAAUAAUGGCCGGUACUGCUCUUCUUUUGGCAUUUUAUGCUAUCAUGCUUUGGUGGAGAACAAAAUGGCAAAGCUCAAGGGCUGUUGCGAUUCUUCUUCUUUUGGCUGUAUCGCUCCUUUGUGCGUAUGAACUCUGCGCUGUGUAUGUUACAGCAGGCUCGAGUGCGUCUGAGCGAUAUUCUCCUUCUGGGUUCUUUUUUGGUGUGUCGGCUAUUGCUUUAGCAAUUAACAUGCUCUUUAUUUGCCGAAUGAUCUUCAAUGGUACCGGCUUGGAUGUGGAUGAAUAUGUGCGUCGGUCAUACAAAUUUGCUUAUUCUGAUUGUAUUGAAGUAGGACCUGUUGCUUGCUUAGCAGAGCCACCUGAUCCGAAUGAGUUAUAUGACUUAUAUCCACGACAAUCCAGUAGGGCUUUUCGUCUUGGACUUCUUUAUCUUGGAUCACUGCUCGUGCUUCUUGUUUACUCCAUCUUAUAUGGUUUGACUGCUAAGGAGUCAAAUUGGUUGGGGGCCGUUACUUCUGCUGCUAUUAUUGUUCUUGAUUGGAACUUGGGGACAUGCUUGUUUGGGUUUGAGCUUCUAAAGAGUCGUGUUACAGCACUUUUUGUUGCUGGAAUAUCUCGCAUUUUUCUCAUAUGCUUUGGGGUGCAUUACUGGUAUUUGGGACACUGUAUUAGUUAUGGAGUUGUAGCCUCUGUCUUGUUAUUUGCUGCUGUUUCUCGUCAUGUAUCAGUUAUGAGUCCAUUGGCUGCAAGGAGAGAUGCCUUACAGAGUACAGUGAUACGUUUAAGAGAGGGAUUUCGAAGAAAAGGACAAAACAGCUCUUCUAGCUCUUCUGAAGGUUGUGGCUCAAGUGCAAAGCAUAGUAGUAGUGUUGAAGCAAGUAACCUUUCUAAUGGCGUCGAGGCUACUUGUACGAGUACAUCACAGUGCACAGUCGACGGUAGUAACUGGAAUAAUGUCGUUCUGGGCUGCACUUCUGGUUCUCACGAGGGGAUUAAUAGUGAUAAGAGCAUAGACAGUGGAAGGCCAAGUUUGGCAUUACGUAGCAGUUCAUGUCGGUCUGUUGUCCAGGAUUCUGAAGUUGGAAUUACUCCAGCUGAUAAGCAACUUGAACGCUGCAGCUCCUUUAUUGUUUGUUCUAGCGGUGGUCUGGAAAGUCAAGGCUGUGAGUCAAGUACAUCAACUUUGGCAAAUCAACAAGCACUGGAUCUGAAUCUGGCUCACAUAUUUCAACAAAGACUGACCGAUUCUAGAGUUGCGGCAAUCUUGAAAAGGAAAGCUAGAGAAGGUGAUGUUGAGUUGGCUAAUCUACUCCAAGAUAAGGGCUUGGAUCCAAAUUUUGCUGUGAUGUUGAAGGAGAAAGGCUUAGAUCCAACUAUUUUGGCGUUACUGCAGAGAAGUAGUCUUGAUGCAGAUAGGGAGAAUCAAGAUAACACUGAUGUUACUGUGAUUGACACAAACAGCUCAGACAAUGUUAUUAUGCCCAAUCAAAUUUCAUUGUCAGAGGAAUUACGGCGUAAGGGUUUGGAAAAAUGGCUACAAAUUUUCAGAACUAUUUUGCAUCAACUAGCAGGUACACCACAGAGAGUGUGGGUCCUUUUCAGUUUUUUCUUCAUUAUCGAAACGAUCAUUGUGGGGGUGUUCCCCCUAAAGACAAUCAAAGUAAUAGGUGCUAUUCAUCAACAGUUUGAAUUUGGCAUUUCAGUGUUCUUAUUGUCUCCAGUUGUUUGUUCAAUUAUGGCUUUCCUUCGAUCCUUCCAAACAGAAGAAAUGUCCAUGACAUCCAAACACGGCAAGUAUGGAUUUGUCGCCUGGUUGUCAAGCACCUCUGUCGGUUUGUUGCUUUCCUUCUUAAGCAAAUCGUCGGUUCUACUUGGAUUAGCUUUGACUGUACCUCUCAUGGUUGCUUGCCUUUCCAUCGCCGUUCCGAUAUGGAUACGGAAUGGCUACCAGUUUUGGAUUUCACGAGCAGAAUGCACAAGUCAAGGAAGCAACCCUGGAGCUCAGGGGAGGAAAGAGGCUGUUGUGCUUGCACUCUCCAUAUCAAUGUUCACGGGAUCUGUCAUAGCUCUUGGAGCAAUAGUCUCUGCCCAACCUUUGGAACACUUAGCUUACAAAGGAUGGACCGAAGAUCAAAAUAAUAUCAGCUCUCCAUAUGCAUCUUCUGUUUACCUUGGUUGGGCAAUGGCUUCAGCAUUUGCUUUGAUAGUCACCGGAGUGCUGCCAAUUCUGUCGUGGUUUGCAACAUAUCGGUUCUCUCUUUCCUCUGCCAUAUGUGUUGUGAUAUUUGCUGUUGUUCUUGUGGCAUUUUGUGGUACUUCUUAUUUGGAGGUAGUUAAUUCUCGGCAGUAUGGGGUUCCAACUGAUGGUGAUUUCCUUGCUGCUUUGCUUCCUUUAAUGUGCAUUCCAGCAGCGGUAUCGCUUGGUUCUGGCCUGCUUAAAUGGAAAGAUGAUGACUGGAAAUUUUCUCGAGGUGUCUAUGUAUUUAUUGGCAUUGGUCUUCUUCUUUCCCUAGGUGCAAUAUCAGCCAUUACUAUUAUAGUUAAACCUUGGACGAUUGGGGUUGCUUGUCUGUUAGUUCUCCUUCUCAUUGUCCUAGCAAUUGGUGUUAUCCACUAUUGGGCGGCGAACAAUUUUUAUUUGACCAGGGCACAAAUGUUCUUAGUUUGCUUCUUUGCAUUUCUUUUGGCGUUGGCUGCAUUUGUUCUUGGUUUGUUGGAAGGUAAACCAUUUGUUGGAGCAUCUGUUGGGUACUUCUCAUUUCUCUUUCUUCUUGCUGGAAGGGCAUUAUCUGUUCUUCUUUCCCCUCCAAUUGUAGUAUAUUCCCCAAGAGUGUUACCUGUUUACGUGUAUGACGCACAUGCUGAUUGUGCGAAAAAUGUCAGUGCUUCGUUCCUCGUUCUUUAUGGAAUUGCAAUAGCAACCGAGGGAUGGGGUGUUGUUGCUAGCUUAAAAAUAUAUCCGCCGUUUGCUGGCGCUGCUGUAUCAGCAAUUACACUUGUGGUAGCGUUUGGUUUUGCCGUCUCCCGUCCAUGCUUGACACUUAAGAUGAUGGAAGAUGCCGUACAUUUUCUAAGUAAGGAAACUAUCGUACAGGCAAUUUCUCGAUCCGCUACCAAGACGAGAAAUGCUCUUUCGGGAACUUACUCAGCACCACAGAGAUCAGCUAGCUCUGCUGCUCUGUUAGUCGGAGAUCCUACAAUUUCACGGGACAAAGGGGGUCAUUUUGUGCUUCCUAGGGCUGAUGUCAUGAAAUUGAGGGAUCGUCUUCGCAACGAAGAACUAGCUGCAGGCUUAUUUUUCUGCAGAUUUAAAACUGGAAGGAUAUGUUGGCGUGACUCACCUACAGAUGUGGGUAACAGAAGAGAGAUGUGUGCUCAUGCAAGAAUUCUUGCUUUGGAGGAGGCAAUUGAUACCGAAUGGGUAUAUAUGUGGGAUAAGUUUGGUGGUUAUUUGCUUCUUUUGCUUGGUUUGACUGCAAAGGCAGAGCGAGUGCAGGAUGAAGUUCGUCUUAGAUUAUUUCUAGAUAGCAUCGGGUUCUCAGAUCUAAGUGCCAAGAAAAUAAAGAAAUGGAUGCCUGAAGAUCGCAGGCAAUUCGAACUUAUCCAGGAGAGUUACAUAAGAGAGAAGGAGAUGGAAGAGGAAAUCUUGAUGCAGAGACGUGAAGAGGAAGGGAAAGGAAAAGAAAGAAGAAAAGCACUUUUGGAGAAGGAAGAACGUAAGUGGAAGGAGCUAGAGGCUUCUCUUAUAUCUUCCAUUCCAAAUGUUGGGAACAGGGAUGCUGCUGCUAUGGCAGCUGCUGUUCGCGCUGUAGGGGGUGAUUCUGUUUUGGACGACUCAUUUGCUAGGGAGAGAGUGUCAAGUAUUGCUCGUCGAAUCCGUACUGCCCAAUUAGGCCGUCGGGCACAAAAGACGGGAAUUCCUGGUGCCGUUUGCAUUCUCGAUGAUGAGCCUACAGCAGGGGGGAGACAUUGUGGGCAGAUUGAUCCAAGCAUUUCUGAGAGCCAUAAAGUUAGCUUCUCUAUUGCUGUUAUGAUCCAGCCCGAAUCUGGACCAGUAUGUCUCAUGGGAACAGAGUUUCAAAAGAAGGUUUGCUGGGAAGUCCUGGUUGUUGGUUCUGAACAAGGUAUUGAAGCUGGGCAAGUAGGCUUGAGAUUAGUCACUAUAGGUGAUAGACAAUCCACCGUGGCAAAAGAGUGGAGUGUUGGUGCAACGAGUAUUGCUGAUGGAAGGUGGCAUAUAGUGACUAUGACUAUUGAUGCUGAACUAGGCGAAGCUACUUGCUAUUUAGAUGGUGGAUUUGAUGGAUAUCAAAAUGGAUUACCACUGCGUAUGGGUGAUGCUAUUUGGGAACAAGGUACUGAAGUCUGGAUUGGCACCAGGCCGCCUAUAGAUUUCGAUUCGUUUGGGAGAUCAGAUAGUGAAGGAGCUGACCCCAAGAUGCAUAUAAUGGAUGUGUUUCUAUGGGGGAGGUGUUUGACAGAAGAUGAGGUUGCUGCUGUACAUUCUGCUACUAGCUCAGGCGAAUACAAUGUGUCUGAUCUCCCCGAGGAUGGCUGGCAGUGGUGUGAUUCACCUUCUAGAGUGGCUGAGUGGGACAGUGACCCUGCAGAUGUCGAUCUAUAUGAUAGAGAAGAUGUAGACUGGGAUGGACAGUAUUCAAGUGGGAGGAAAAGAAGAUCUGGACGUGAAGCAGUAGCGAUUGAUAUAGACUCUUUUACAAGAAGAAUGCGGAAAUCUAGGAUGGAAUCACACGAGGAAAUUAAUCAGCGGAUGUUGUCAGUGGAAAUGGCAGUUAAAGAAGCUCUCACUGCUAGAGGAGAUGUGCAUUUCACCGAUCAAGAAUUUCCUCCAAAUGAUCAGUCUCUAUUUGUUGACCCGGAGCAGCCUCCUUCAAAAUUGCAAAUUGUUUCUGAGUGGAAAAGACCAGCUGAAAUUGUGAAAGAGAUAUCUGUGGAUUCUCAACCUUGCUUAUAUUCUGGUGUUGCUAAUUCUUCUGAUGUUAUUCAGGGUCGAUUGGGUGACUGCUGGUUUUUGAGUGCUGUUGCUGUUCUUACAGAGGUUGCACGCGUAUCGGAGGUGAUCAUCACACCAGAGUAUAAUGAGGAAGGGAUUUACACUGUUCGCUUCUGUAUUCAGGGUGAGUGGGUCCCAGUUGUUGUUGAUGAUUGGAUUCCGUGCGAGGAACCUGGAAAACCAGCAUUUGCUACCAGUAGAAAAAAGAAUGAAUUAUGGGUUUCACUUUUGGAGAAGGCAUAUGCCAAGCUGCAUGGAUCAUAUGAGGCUUUAGAAGGUGGGCUUGUCCAGGAUGCUCUUGUAGACCUCACUGGAGGGGCUGGUGAGGAGAUUGACAUGAGAACUGCUGAAGCCCAAAUUGAUCUUGCCAGUGGAAGACUAUGGUCGCAGUUACUGCGUUUCAAGCAGGAGGGCUUUUUACUUGGUGCUGGGAGUCCUUCAGGUUCAGAUGUGCAUGUAUCCUCAAGUGGCAUUGUCCAAGGCCAUGCUUACGCAGUACUGCAGGUAAGAGAUGUAGAUGGCCACAAGCUUGUCCAGGUGCGAAAUCCAUGGGCAAAUGAGGUUGAGUGGAAUGGGCCUUGGUCUGACUCAUCGCCUGAAUGGACUGAUCGUAUGAAGCAUAAACUAAAGCAUGUACCUCAGUCCAAGGAAGGGAUAUUCUGGAUGUCCUGGCAAGAUUUUCAAAUUCAUUUCCGGUCGAUCUAUAUAUGCCGCAUCUAUCCCCUGGACAUGCGAUAUUCUGCCCAUGGCCAGUGGCGGGGGUACAGUGCUGGUGGUUGUCAAGACUAUGACACUUGGCAUCAAAAUCCACAGUUUCGACUUAGAGCUACUGGCUCAAGUGCUUCUUGUCCUAUCCAUGUUUUCAUUACUUUAACUCAGGGCGUGGGUUUCUCCAGAAAGACGGCUGGUUUUAGGAAUUACCAGUCUAGUGCUGAUUCAAUGAUGUUCUACAUCGGGAUGAGGAUACUAAAAACUCGUGGUCGUCGUGCUGCUUACAAUAUUUACUUGCAUGAAUCAGUUGGAGGGACAGACUAUGUCAACUCUCGAGAAAUAUCAUUUGAGAUUGUUUUGGAACCUGAACCAAAAGGGUACACAAUUGUGCCUACCACUAUCCACCCUGGGGAGGAAGCUCCAUUUGUCUUGUCAGUUUUCACUAAAGCAGCCAUAACCCUGGAAGCUUUAUAAAUCAGACACCGUGCACAUUCGAUUUUGUUCUGAGGGAGUGGUUGUAAAGAUGGUAGUUUCUAAUUGUUAUUGGUAGUGGGCGGGGACCUUGCAUGUUUGAGCGCAACUCGAUAAACCAGAUUGGGCGUUUGUACAGGUCUAAAGAAAGAUGAGGUCCCAAUAAUGGGACAAGUUUUGCUCUACCACGAACUCCCCACCGACUGUUUCAAUGUUCUCAACCGGCACUUACAAGCAUUCUUAUUAAAGGCUAAAAGGUGGGGUGGUUUUUUGUAUAGGGUGCAUGAUUUUCUUGGGUGGUUGAAGUUGGUUUCGGGUUCAAUCUGUAGAUAUACUAAGGUUAACUGAUGAAAGGAAGAUGUUGUAAGGAAUGGUAUAGAUGCUGUGAAGUAACCUGUAAAUGAAAAGAGGAAAAAAUGUGAUAAUAAUAGGAAAAUAAAAAAGAAUACACGAAUCAGUUAGGAAAGGGAACAAACAAGGGGUACCUCAUGUAUUGUGGCUGAUGAUUUGUUAAGAGUUACUUGGAGAAGAGGGAGAGUUUUUUGGCUGCAGUUUUGAAGUUAAGAUCUUAAUAUUUUGUAUCCCCAGAUGUUAUCCACGGUAAAUAUUUGUAUAUUCCCCAUUUUUGAAGCUUAUUUUUCAGAACUUGAUCCAGUUCUUAUAAAAAAAAGACAGAAAGGAGAAUUACACAGAGGUAACAUCUCUGUUGGUUGUCCUUAUUUCAGCUGCA